AUGGCUACAUCACAGCGCGAACCGGACAUCAUCGUUCCGCGGGCAAGGGCCUUCGACACACCGGAAUUGCUGGAAUCGAUCCUCCUUCAGCUGCCCAUGUUCGACCUCACAAGCGCGCAGCGCGUAGAUCGAACUUUCCAGCAUGCAAUCAAGAAGUCGCCGUCUAUUCAGCGAGCUCUGUUCUUCAGACCUUACGGAAACUUUGUUGCACGUCUCGAAGAUCCGGAUAAAGUCUUCGAGACCGAGGAAUGUGCCUCAAAUGCAGCGUGCAAGACUUUCAGAGGUGGUAGCUGGUUGCAAGACACCGAUCGCAACAUGAUCAAGUGCGCAUGGGUUCGUGACACAUCUGGCCGACGAUGCGAUGUGGUGUUCAAUCCUCUAGCAUCAAUGUUUGACGAUGUUGAAAUCACCGAUAUCAGUGACGAGCUCGACCCACUCGAAAUUGAGGAUCUCGACGAGUGGGAAUACGAAACAGUUUUGAUCAAGAACGCCCGCCUAGAGAUUGGCCCUGUGAAAGAGGAGUCUGGGCCGGACGCAUCGUGGAAGAGCAUGCUUUUGACACAGCCACCUGUGAAAUGUAUGGUCGUGGAUACUAUGGGCGCAUCCCACUGGCAUGUUCUGCGCGCCGAGAAAAACGCUGAAGGUAUUACCGUUCGCCAACUGCAACAAUUUCAGGCAGCUUUUGCGAACAAAUGGAGGACCACGGUAGAGAUAUGGGCCGCAGAUGGCUUCAGACUUACUCCGGAGAGAGAGGACGCAGAGAAUCAGAGAAGCACUAAAGCCGACAAUUUGACGGUGGAUACCAGGAAUGGCUUGAGAGGGGACCUGCGGUCGUCUCAGGAAGGUUCCUGCCUUCAGUUGCUCGUUGUACCUGCCCGCAAACAGCAGCUGCACUUUUCGAUCAACCACCUCCACCUCAACACACAUCCAUCAACAUUCCCAGAGCUUGCGCCAGAGCACUUCGUGCGCCUCCAAGAUAUGGCAGCAAGAAUCAAUCAUUAUCCCAUCAUGUCCGCUGCAGAGCAAGUCUUCCGCAACUUGGAUUUGGCAGAAGCUAUACUCAUUGAACAGCCGAUGCUCGACAUCUGGCACCUCCAAACCAUAACUUCCACGUGCGUCGCCGCUGUCCAGGCGUUCUCGCGAUUGCAACGCGCACUAUUUUUGAAACCUUACGAUAAUCGGCGGGCCCGGCUUGACGACCUUGAGCGAUACUUCAAAAUCGCGGAUUGUGCGUCAAUAGAGGAUUGCGAUGAAAGCGAGGCGAAUGAAAGCACGGAAGAUCAGGAGAAUGCUCAAUGGGUGUGGGAACCAUCUGCGCAAGCAUGCGACAUCGUUCUCAACCCUGUGUUCGCAUUCUUCAACGAAAGCAAGCCAGAUGGAACGGAGGUCGACUCUGAUGAUGAGUUCGAUUACCCUCUUCCGCGCGACAUCAGUCCUGGUGGGCAGUCCCUCGGUCAUCCAUCCUCGAAGCUUGAGGUCGGAGGAGACCUUGUAGCCAUCGGUCAUUUAUCCUCGAAGCUCAAGUAUAGAGAAUUCUUGAUGAGCAUGCUCUUGACGCAGCCGCCGUUGGCCACUCUUGCAAUAGAAAAUUGGGACGCCAAUCACUCCCACAUCCUGCGGCCAGAGGAAGGCACCGAAGGCAUUACUAUUGGCCAAGUGCAACGACACCUGGAAGCAUUCCCCAAUGCCAUUGGAGCACAAUUCAUUUGGAAGCUGGGUGGUUUCACAAUCCUUCCCAUUACCUUGACAGGGGCAGAAAUCGCGGCUGAAGUCAAAGCUGCCAUGGGUCUCGAGUAG